AUGCUAGUAACCGAAAACGCGAAUUUAUAUGGAUUUCAGAUUCCUAAGACUGCUAUAGACUUUGCAGCAGGCGUUGUCUCUGGAUCAAUCGGAGUGUUUGUAGGACAUCCUCUUGACACUCUUCGCAUCAGGGUGCAACUAUCCAAUUCCAAACCAAUGCUUGAGUUAGCAGCUGAAACUUGUGCUAAAGAAGGUGUAAGAGGACUCUACAAAGGAGCAGUGGCUCCGGUGAUCGGAAGGGCUCCAAUAUCAGGAGUAACCAUGGCAGCCAAUGACUAUUGACUCAGAAUGAUGAAUUAUUUCAAUAUGGGUGAAAACCUAAAAGCUACUAUUGCUGGAGUGUUUGCAGGAAUUGUUUCCACUCCAAUAUGAUGUCCAAUUGAACAUAUUAAAAUUCGAAAGCAAGCUUAUUCUAAUGGUAACAUCAGUUAUAAGUCCAUUGCUAUACAAGAAGGGUUUUCAGGCUUGUUCCGAGGCUUGACCCCAACUUUAACCAGAGAAAUCCUUGGCAAUGGAUCUUUCUUCGCAAGUUAUGGUUAUCUCAAGAGAGUGUUCAAAAUUGACCAAUUGAGUCAAAAUAACCAAUCAUUAAAGAGUCUUUAUAUCUUCUUGUCUGGAGGACUUGGUGGGAUAUUGUCUUGGAUUGCUUGCUAUCCCAUGGAUAUAGUAAAAAGUGUAAUGCAAAAUAACCCAGAACACACUAAUAUGAUGCGAACUUAUCAUUACCUAUUGAGUAGACACGGAUACAAAGUCUUUUUCAAAGGACUGGGUCCUUGAUUAAUUAGAGCCUUUCCUGUUCAUGGAGUCACCAUGCUUCUGUAUGAAUGGAUGAAAAGCCCAUUUGAGAACGCUGAAUAUCCAAUAAAUUGAGAGAUGUUUGGAUAA